GUUUGUGAAUGGCAACCACCCCUACGUUGUCAUUUAAUUUACUUAACUUUUAUGUGUUUAUAAAUAUAAAUAAUUAAAAAAAUAAAAAUGAGCCUAAAACCUGAAAAAGACAAAACAAAGCAAUUACAGGAUAAAUGUCAGUCAGUUCUAAACACAUUGUUAAGGGAUGAAGAUAAUAAAUAUUGUGUAGAUUGUGACUCAAAAGGACCGAGAUGGGCAUCAUGGAAUAUAGGAGUAUUUUUAUGCAUACGUUGUGCUGGAAUACACAGAAACUUAGGAGUACAUAUUUCCAAAGUAAAAUCUGUCAAUUUAGAUUCAUGGACUCCAGAGCAAGUGGUUUCUUUACAACAAAUGGGCAACUCAAGAGCUAGAGCAGUCUAUGAGGCAAACCUUCCUGAUAAUUUCCGGCGCCCUCAGAAUGACUCUAGUCUAGAGUCAUUCAUUAGAGCAAAAUAUGAGCACAAGAAGUACAUUGCUCGUGAAUGGGUCCCACCCGCUUUGCCAAAAGUAAAUUGGGAGAAGGAAAUAGAUGAAGAAAUUGAAAAACAGAAACGUAAAAAGAAAACUAUAGUGGAAAAGAAGUCACUAGGAUCUGUUGAAGUACCGCAACUUCCUAAACCUACCAACCGUAGCCCCAAGCCAUCUAGAAUUGUUAAUAGUGCAGAAAAUAAGAAACCAGAAAAAAAAGACAGCGAUCUGUUAGGUCUUCAAAACGGUGAAGAUAAUUUCAGCAAUUUUGUCUCUGCACCUGUGACCACUAACCAAGUAGAACAGAAAGAAGCUCCAGAUCCAGUUAAGAAGGAGGAAGAGAGCUUUUUUAAUCAAGUGUUACCUACUGAAAAAGAGAAAGUAAAAUUAGAUAAAGAUAGCAUCAUGGCUCUCUAUGGUAAUGGACCUACUAAUAAUUUCAGCCAAUUUCCUCAGCCACAAUUUGGCCAACCUGGAUCUCAAAGUACUUUUCAAGGAUUCGGUGGAUUUCCUCAAACGCAACCUCAGCAAAAUGUUUUAAAUCUUUCAAAUCCUCAAAAUGGAUUAAAUCCAACAACACAAGGUUUAGGGGCGCAAUGGCCUCAGGGACAACAAAAUCAACAGCAACAACAGCCACCGCAACCAUGGUUUUCUUCGGGAGCUCCAGCUUUCCCAGGACAACCACAGCCUUUUGCAGUCAACCCUCCCACAAUGAACCAAUACAUGGGCAACCCUACUUCAUUCAACGCCGCACCACCAGCAUUGGGACCCGCUGCACCAUUUCAAUCUUCCAAUAACAUGUCCAACUUUCCUGCGAAUCCCUUCUUUUCCAAUAACCAGAAUCCCAACCAAAACUUGCCUCAGCAGUUCACUAAUUUAUCUCUAAAGAAUCAGACACCACAAGCAGGCAACAUGUGGCAGUAACUUACCGUAUUUCUGGGUGUAACCCGAAAUUAGUAAUCGUAAAGUUCUGCAUGAGGUGUGAAAGAUAAGAUGAACUACGUGGAGAAAUAUUCAUGUUUAAUUUUCCCAGGUUUUAGGCUACUUUUCUUUCCUCAGAUCUGAAUAUGUGGCCGUUGCUUACUCAGGAUUUUUCCGUUUCAUCUGGGCGUUUUUGUAAAUUUUUAAUUUCUUUAGGUAGUUCAUGCUUAUCUUUUGACAUAGUGUAUAAUGAAACAGGGUAGAGAUUUUAAAAUCUUUUUCUGUAGCAUCUCAUUGUGGUAAGUCCACUGUAUUGUACAUUAAAAAAUAAACAUGCCAUUUUUAAGACGUUUUUCUGCGUAUUUGUAAAGUUCUAAAAGACUGGUUUUAUUUUUAUUUUUUUUCAAGGAGAAAGUAAACUUUUAGGCAAUUGUAUAUCACAUUACUAGUGCGGAAAGUGAUACUUUUCAGACUAGUUGGAUAAAUCACUUUCGCAUAAGUUAUGUACAUUGUUUUUCCUACGACCACUAGAUAUUUUUUGCAAACUAAUUUAAAAACGGAAAAGCUGGUUAUGGCAGGUCACUCAAGAUAUGGCGUUUUAAAAUGUUUUAAUUUUAUAUGUUUUUAGAAGGGAUAUGCGACCUUUUUGUCCUCUACUUUUUUAAAAAAUAAAAUUUAUUUAAAAACAGGAGUUUUGUUUCCUCUUAGUAUUUGUUUUUACUGAAUUAUAAGCCCCUGUAAAUAUUUUUUUAGGAUUUUUUUUUUACUUUUUUACAACUUUAUAAAUACUAAGAGGCAAAAAUGUUUUAAAACAGAUGUAGGAUUUCAGUGGCGUCCUGUUUUUAACUGAAUUUCUUUGUUAAAUUAAAUAAAAUUAAAUUGGUGCGGAACCCCUCUAAAAACCUAUAAAAUUUAAACAAUUUUAAACGCCACUAACUCCAUUUUAUUGGUCAUUGUAUAGUUAACAUUCCAUAUACAUUUUCAUAAAAACAUGUUAAAAAAUAACUUAUGAAAUUUCUAUUUUAACACCCUGUAACUUUAUUAAUAUCCAUUUUUUAUGUAAACAAGUUACCUUAAAUCGACUUAUUUUUGACCCCUAAAAACUGUGGUUAAACUUACUGUACAUAUUUUUGUUGCACUCUGUAUAAUGAUCAUUUUAAAAUAGACUAAUUAGCGUUUCAUUUUUUAAAAUGGCGCGCAAAAGAAAGCUAGUACGUGGUGCGGUUCGUGAAAUAUGUGUUCAAUUGUGCGAAUUACAAUAUAUUUUAGAAGAUAAUAAUGAAAAUUCUCUGAUUCUUUAUAUUUCUACAUCGCACCACUUAAAUACCAUAUCGAAAAUAAACUACUAUAUCGUGACUUGUUAAAGCUUGUCAGUUCUCACUGUUUAUUGCACUUUUAUUUUUAUCAAUAAAAGUGAUAGAAAAUGAAGAGGCAAAAUUUCGUUUCAUUUUCAAUAAAAAUAGCCUGGACUGGAUGUGGGGCGCCAAUCUUGGCACCUUGUGUUUAUUUAUACAUUUAUUAUAUUGUAUAAAAUAUUUCAUUAGGAAAAACGAGGGAUUUUGUACCAUUACAACAAUCAAAAUAGAAAUGAUGCCGGAAAUAGAUUAUUACACGUGGGAUAUAGGACACUUUCCAUAGGUCUAAACACUAUCUUAUGUGGUUGUAGGAAAAAUUAUUUUUAAAAUAGUUCCUGGGCACUAUUUACAUACUUGCAGUCAGUACUAGAUGUCAAUAGUAAACUAAAUUUAAUUAUUUUUAGAUAAUGAUUUAUUUUUUUUUUAAUUCUUACAAUGUUCUAUAACUAGACAAACUUAUAUUUUUUACAAUGACCUAAAAUAGUUAAAAUACCAGUCUGCAAAAAUUAGUUUUUUAUUGAUAUUAUUUUGUAAAUCCAUAUUUUUAUUUAUUUUAUUUAUUGGUUUAACUAUUAUUUUAUUAACGAAAACGUGGAGAUUUACAAUUAUUUUUAUACUAAUUUAAUGUUCCUAUUUUUUUUACAGGUUUUGCAUAUAUUUUUGACAAUUUUGUUAAGUUUUGUAUUCGUUAAAGGCUUGUUACUGCCCGGCACAAAUCAUUUUGAGUAUUUUUGAUUACGAACCCAAUUGCGUGCCUUGAACGUACACUAAUUAUUGCAAAAUAUUCUAUUUAAAAGUAUGCUCAUGAGGUUCUGUACAUAAAUGUUCUUACAAAAUUGUCAAAAGUUAUGCUUUCUUUAGUUUGGUUAGCCUGAAGCUUAUGCCAGGGCUAGAUCGAAAAAAAUACACAACUAAACUUAUAUGGAUUCAUCCAGUAUUUUACAAAAAAAAAAGGUAUUUAUGAUAAAUUGUCGUCGUUGGAUAUCGGAAUAUAGUUUACUUCAACAUAUUUUAUAUGAUAAAUAAAUAAAGUUCCUUAUAUAAGAAGUCUAAUUUUAUAAAAGCAACUUUAAACGCAAAUUCUAACGAAAAUGGAGCAUUCCAUGCCAAAUCGGAUACUAUUUAGUCUUUGCAUCUUGGAUUUUUUUGAAACUUUUCUGUUUGAGUAUAGGUUGAAAGAGACCUCCAUGAUUUUUUUCAAAUUUUUUUCUCCAUCCGUUUUCGGGAAAAAUUAUCUGAAUGAAAUUUUCAUAAGAACAAAAAAUCUGAUGUGUCCAACACAUGACUUUCCUAUCUAGUUAUUAUAGGCUUUUUCCGGUUAUUUUGUACAACCUAUUACAGCACCUCUAUAAAUGUUUAGAGGAGGAUAAACUAAAUAUAUACAUUUUUCACAUACAUCUACCUCGAAACAUAUUUCUAUAGAUAUUCAUUGAAAACGAAAAUAGUGAAAAAUUUUAAUUUAGCACUUUUCCUACAAUUUUUCCAUUACGGUCUAUUUUACAAAAAUCAUGAGAUCGAUAUCGCAAACAACUUUUAUUUCAACAAUUUUCAUAAAAAUCAGAAUUUUGCACAUUUUGUCAAAUUUCUCGAAUACGGACCAUUUCAGGAAAUUUUUACAUAGAGCAAAACUUAUAGAUAAUAUUAUUAGAAGUAACUUUUAUUUGAACAAUUUUUUUCUCCAAACAUAAAUAACAGAUAUAUUCCAUAAAAUAUAAAAAUGAUCACCCAUAAAGUACCCUCCCAGAUGUUCCGACUCUGCCCAAAAUCUAAUCAGCUCAUUGGACGCUGGAACAAAGCUUAAGUUUAAAAUUUGGUGUUUUUCUGUGUAUCGGUUCAUGAAUUAUGCGACACACAGACACACACACAGACAUCAUCGCGAAAAUAAUCAAAACGGAUUCAGGGGACCUCAAAACGUAAAAAUCCGUCGAAAACUCGAGGUCGAAAAAAUCAUGAUUCCUAUACUUUCCUUAUAUCUGUAUACAGAUAGGAAAGUAAAAAUAUUUUCCCCCGGAAUAUCUGAAUAUUAAAUACCAGUUUGAUUACUUUAAUAGUGCGAUUAUCGUUUUAAUUCUACAUAAAAGAAACCUUACAGAAAAAAUAUACCGCUGAUAAAAGGGUCUACCGGGUGCAAGUUUGUCGGGUCAGCCUGAAGGGUGACGAAAUCCACUACGAACGUCGCCUAGAGUAGUACUUUUAAUCAUUUAGUAACAUUUUAUAAUGUUGAAUCAGAGAUACAAAAUAUCUGGCGUUUAACUAGACUAGCGUGGUAUCACCAGUAUUAGUUACGCCAAUAUUUUAGUCGCUUGGUAGAUACAAUCUUACAAAACAGUUCUAGGAGCGAAAUUUGGUUCUAUUCAACGUGUAUCUGCUUGGUCAACCUGACUAUAUCUCCUUUUACUAAUAUAUAAAAUAUAAGAAAAAGGUGGUCAUCCUAAGGACAACUGGAUAUCUAUGCAGAAGCCGUCGUUUAUAGAAACUAAUUUCUCUACUCCGUCGAUAUCUUUUAUUUCCGUUGUCAAAAUAUAACAAAAUCGCGGCCACCGUAAGGGUAGCGAUAUCUCUUUUUAAUUAUAUUUAUAUUUUCAUUAUAUACAGUGUGUCCAUGGAUGGGGUUCCCAAGGGGGAAAAAAUCUUUAUUAUUCAUUUUACGACCAAAAGUCAUUCCUUAUAAAAAGUUCUGCUUGUUGAGAAAAUGGAGUUGCCUUAUAAAAAUUUAAGAUUAAAUGUACAGGGUGUUAAUAAAUUAGGAAAAUAUGAAAAUGCUUCAAGAGGGAAGUACCAUUAUUUAUUAUUUUUAACAAAAAUUUUAUAAAACAAAGUUGUCAAAAAUACUGACAGAUGUAAAUAAAAUGCUGACAUAACAUGAACGUAUACAAAAUCGG